CAGAGGACACCGAAGAAUUGGAGUCCAGAACCAUUCAGCUGUCCAUCAUGUAUCUGCCCCGCCCCCAUGCACCUCUGCUGUGACGUGCAGGUGUCUACUCAGAGGAAAACCGUGCUGUCCAACGAGGAGAGACGAGAGCGGGCCAAGCAGGCCAAAGCCUUGAAGGAUGAGCGGCGGGCGUCGCUGGACCCUCGGCACCACUACCUGAUCAGCAGGCUGGUGGAUGCUGCAUGUCUGGACCAGCAGGAGGUGGAGGACGCGCUUGUGUCAGAUGACAAGUUCAACCUGAUUCAAGAGUUCUUUGCUGCAAACGGAUCCAGGAAGUUGAUUUUCUUCUUUCAGAAUGCACAACAGGACUUGUCCUUUGCUCAUCCCUUCUCAGCUGUGGUUAAGCGGCAACUUUUCCUCACGACAGGAAGUGCUGAGUCAUUAGAAGGCAAGUGUUUCUUCUUCCUAAGGACAACCAAAAAGGCCAUAAGCACCACUAAUGUUCACCAGGAGGUCAACUUUGGCAUGUUGGACAGCAGCAAUGGAAACAUUCUGAACAGUCUGGAAAUGCUGAUGUCCAACGUGAUGUUACCUGCACUUAGGGCACCACAGACCUGGGGCUCUGUGAAGGACGGCAUCGCCUGUCCUCACGUCCAGGACUUCCUGUCCUCACUGGAUGACUUUGUUUUUCACCUAAACUCGUUGCAAGUCAACGUGGCCAAAAUGUUCCAGCUGCAGCCGCUCGAAGUUCCUUGCAUAAUAUGUCAGCUCAGCAGCCCAGCGGACUACACGGCAGCCGCUAACGACAGUGAGCUGGUGGAGAAGUUGGAGGGUGUGGUCUCAUUGUGGGCCAAUCAGAUUAGGCGGCUGCUGACAGAGUGCGAGCAGAUGAGGAAGGAGGCAGAUGACGUUGGACCUUCAGCUGAGUUGGAGCACUGGAAGACACGCAUGAUCACCUUCAGCAGUCUCGUGGAAGAGCUGAAGCGUCCGCUGGUGAAAAGGACUCUGGGGGUUCUGCAGGUGGCCAAGUCCAGAGCGUUGCAAGCGUGGAGGGAGCUGGAUGCCAGCAUCACGGUGGUGGCCAACGAGGCCAAAGACAACGUGAAGUUUCUCCACACGCUGCAGAAGUUCUUCAAGCAGUUGCAGAAGAGCUCGCCGGCUCAGAUGCUGGAGCACAUUCCUGCCCUGAUGGCCGCCAUCAGUAUGAUCCAUUCAGUUUCUGGCUACUAUAACACCUCAGAGAGGAUGACGUCACUGCUGCUCAAGGUCACUAAUCACAUGAUCAACGCCUGCAGGAGAUACCUGACACAGGGAGCUGCCCAUAUUUGGGACAUCAGCAGGCCGGUCCUGCUUGAGCGAAUCUCAGAGUGUUGGCGUCUGAAGGCAGCGUAUCAGCGUAGCUUCCACGCUGUUCAAGGCAAACUGCAAGCAAAGCCAACAAGCAGACAGUUUGACUUCAGCGAGAACUACAUUUUUGGGAAGUUUGAGGCCUUUUGCAGGCGCCUGGAGAAGAUUGCUGACAUGGCAUCCAGCCUGGAGAAUCUGGCAACUCUGCAGCGCAUCAAGGUGGAUGGCGUGGAACCAAUCUACACUCGCUACCAGAACAUCCUGUCCAGCACCAUGUCCAGAACCUAUGACAUCCUGGACCACCACAAGUUGGAGUUUGACAGCGACCACGCGGACUUCCAGAUGCAAGUCAAGGACUUGUUUCUGGACCUUCAGGGUCUGUUGGACUUCUGGUUUCGGCAGUCUCUGCCAAUGGACCAGAUCCUGGCGCUGAUAGCAGCCUUCGAGGCGGGUCCGAUGGCGUAUCUGGACACGAAGCAGAACUACCUGCUCCUGCUGCAGCGUUAUGGAUGCGAGCUGGAGGUGCUGAAGAAGACAUACCAGAGACAGCGGGACAGACCACCUGCCGGACGCAACUUGCCACCGGUGGCAGCUCGAAUCUUAUGGUGUCGUCAGCUCUUCAGGAAGGUUGAGUCUCCCAUGUUGGUCCUGAAGAAGAAGCUGGAUGUCCUCAAGGGACCAGAGAUGACCAAGGUGAUCCAGAACUAUAACAAGAUGGCCAAGGCGCUCUUGCAGUACGAGCUUGUGCACGUGCAGACGUGGACUCAGGCUGCCCAGCGUGCACCACACUUCCUGAACGCUGCCCUGCUAGUCAGACAUGAGAAGGAGCUUUUGGUGAACCUGGACUCUGUGUUUUUGGAGGUGCUACAGGAUGCUCGUUGGAUGACCAAACUUGGAGUUGUUGUGCCAAACGCCGUCGUAAAGAUGACCUCCAGGGAAGCAGAAGUCAAAGCUCUGUAUCGUCGUCUGCAGGACCUGCUGCAGGAUUACAGCCAGGUGCUUGGCCGCAUCCCGUCUUUGCUCCGCCCACUGAUGCAGCCCUUUGUUGGACGGGUGGAGGCGUCCCUCUCACCCGGACUCACCACCCUAUCCUGGGCUGCCCUGCAUACUGACACAUUCAUAGAAGGCGCAUACAUGGCUCUGGCGGAGCUGGAUCAAAUCACCAAAGCGGCCGCCGAUAUGUUGGAGUGCCGGAUUGGGCGCCUCCUGGAUGUCAUGUCCUCCUGCUGCCUACUGGUCCUGCCGGAGGACUCACCUAUGUCACCUGAGAACCUCCUGUUGGAGGCAGACCUCUCGCUCCACUCUGCUGCCGCCACACUGGCCAGGCAAAGCCAACAGGUGGAGACAUUUGUGUUUGAGCUGAUUGAGGAGCUGAAGAAGAAGAUGAGGCCAGCAGACACUGUUAACUUGGAGCAGGGAUCCUUCCAGUGUCUCCAUCCAGAUUUCAAACAGAAGACUCGCUGCCUGACUUGUCUCCCUUGUUGUUUUUACAAUCUAAUUGGUCAACUUUGCCAUCUCAAUAUUGAAGCUCUCGUCAAAGCCACCACGUCCUGCUUGGACGACCUAAAGAGGAGACUUGGCGUCCUUAAAAACUCACCUUCCUCCUCCGGCAGCCAAUCAGAUGCCGCUCCUCUCUUCAAGGCCUCAGUGCAGCUCGCCAUUCCGAACAUCGUCCUCAGACCGAGCCUGGACAACAUCCAGAGCAUCAUCAACAAGCUGGUGAGCGCCAUCCUGCUGGUGACCAAGGACAUCCCAUUGUGGACGUACUGUCACCUGCACUACAAACAACAGAAGGUGGAGCAUGCGGCUGUUCGAGACUCCAGGGACGACGUCCCGGUGAAGCCUCCCAUGCUCAAACCUUUGGACCGACAGCUGGCGGAACACAAAGAUGUCAGCAGGUUGGUGAUGCAGCUCAACACCGUUGUUUCCUCCCUCAAGUCUGCCACUGUCGACAUGCUGAGUGACCUCACUGACUUCUCCACACUUUGGCACCAGGACCCAGAGAAGGAAGUGCAGACCUUCCUGCGGUCCGAGCCCUCGCUGACCGAGUUCAGCUCUCAGAUCUCUUUCUACUCGAGGCUGGAGCUGCAGAUUUCGGAGCUCCCCACAUUCUACACGGUGGGUUCCAUCCUCUUCGACACUGAGGACCUGAAGAUGGCGCUCACUCAGGAGUGUCGUAUCUGGAAACGGGCUUUUGGCACUGCACUCAACCGCCGGGCCUCUGCCAACAUGGAGGAUGUUUUGUCAUUUGUGGAUGGUCUUAUGAAACGUCUGCAGCGUCCAAUCACGGAUCUUGACGAUGUCCGAGGAGCGAUGGCAGCCCUCAGGGAGCUCCGAGAGGCAGAGGUCCACAUUGAUGCCACCAUCAGCCCGCUGGAGGAGUCCUUCACACUUCUCAACAAACAUGAUCUGCUUUUCAAGGAUGGAAACUCAGAACGUGUGGACGGGCUCAUGUACGCCUGGAAGAACCUCAAUGUCCUGGUGGUCCAGAACCAGAACACUUUGGUAAAAAUUCAACCCAGCAUGAAGGCUGACCUGCUGUUAGAAGUGCAAAAUCUUCAGAAUCACAUUCAGAGCUUCUGUGCUGAGUACAACCAUCGGGGUCCUGGUGUCGAGGGCGUGGCUCCAGCUGAGGCCAACGACCGUUUGCAGAACUUCCAGGCUGAGUUUGACCAGAUCUGGAGGAAGUUCACCUCCUGCUCCGGAGGGGAGGAGCUCUUCGGACUUCCAGUGACUGAAUAUCCUGAGCUGCAGAGGAUCAGGAGGGAAUUGACAAUGCUUUCCAAACUCUACAGUCUUUACAACGCUGUCAUCGCCAGCGUGGCCAACUACCAUGACCUUCUGUGGGCCGACCUUAACAUUGAGCAGAUCAACAGCGAGCUGCAGGACUUCCAGAACCGGAUCCGGAAGCUUCCAAAGGCACUGAAGGAUUGGCAGGCCUUCAGAGACCUGAAGAAAACCAUUGACGACUUCACAGAGAUGUGUCCUCUGCUCGCCAUGAUGGCCAACAAGGCCAUGCUGCCCAGACACUGGACUCGACUGAGCGAGCUGACGGGUCACAGUUUCCACGUGGGCUCUGACUCCUUCUCUCUCCAAAAAAUCUUGGCCGCUCCACUACUGGCAUACAAGGAAGACAUUGAGGACGUGUGCAUCAGUGCUGUGAAGGAGCGCGACAUUGAUGCCAAACUGAAGGACGUGAUAGCCGAGUGGGGUGGGCAAAUGCUCAGCUUUGCCCCCUUUAGGACCAGAGGGGAACUGCUGCUCAAAGGAGCCGACACCGCUGAGAAGAUCUCCAUGAUGGAGGACAGUCUGAUGGUUCUGACCUCACUGCUCAGCAACAGGUACAACGUUCCCUUCAAGCCGACCAUCCAGCUUUGGGUCCAGAAGUUGUCCAACACCUCAGAAAUCAUUGAGAAGUGGUUGUCCGUUCAGAACCUGUGGAUCUACCUGGAGGCUGUGUUUGUGGGGGGCGAUAUUGCCAAGCAGCUGCCUCAAGAGGCCAAACGCUUCCAGAACAUAGACAAGUCGUGGCAGAGGAUCAUGCAGCGAGCCCACGAGCUUCCUAACGUGGUCCAGUGUUGCGUUGGAGAUGAGAUGCUGAGCCAGUUGCUUCCUCACCUGCAAGAGCAGCUGGAGCUCUGUCAGAAGUCUCUGUCUGGGUACCUGGAGAAAAAGCGUCUGGUGUUUCCGCGCUUCUUCUUCGUGUCCGAUCCCGUCCUGCUGGAGAUACUGGGCCAAGCCUCCGACUCACACACCAUCCAGCCUCACCUGCUCAGUCUGUUUGACAACGUCAACAGAGUCGUAUUCAGCGAGAAGGCAUACGACCAGAUUGUCAGCUUUCAGUCUCAAGAGGGUGAAACUGUGGAGCUGAGCCAAACCGUUUUGGCACAGGGGAACGUGGAGGUGUGGCUGGGCCAGCUGCUGGCUGGUGUGCAGCACACCCUUCACACCAUCAUUCGCCAAGCCUACCAGGCUAUCGGCGAGCCUAGUCUGAAACUUGUGGAGUUCCAGUCCACAUUUCCUGCUCAGGUGGGCUUACUGGGAAUCCAGAUGAUCUGGACCAGAGACGCGGAAGAGGCGCUAAUCCUCAGCAAGUCAGACAGGAAGAUCAUGCAGACAACCAAUCAGAAGUUUCUGGACCUCCUCAAUGAGCUGAUCGACAUGACCACCAGGGAUCUGAGCAGGAAUGAGAGGAUCAAGUAUGAGACGCUCAUAACCAUUCACGUCCACCAGAGGGACAUCUUUGAUGAGCUGGUGCAUCUCAACGUACGGUCUGCGUCAGACUUUGAGUGGCAGAGGCAAUCGAGGUUCUAUUUCUUAGAGGAAGCUGACAAAUGCGUGAUCCAGAUCACAGAUGUGGAGUUCACCUACUGCAAUGAGUACCUGGGAUGCACGGACCGGCUGGUCAUCACACCGCUCACUGACAGGUGUUACAUCACUUUGUCGCAGGCCCUGGGCAUGAGUAUGGGCGGGGCUCCGGCUGGUCCCGCAGGAACAGGAAAGACAGAGACCACCAAGGACAUGGGCCGCUGUCUGGGGAAAUACGUGGUGGUUUUCAAUUGUUCCGACCAGAUGGAUUACAGGGGACUCGGACGCAUCUACAAAGGUCUGGCCCAGUCCGGCGCCUGGGGCUGCUUUGACGAGUUUAACCGCAUCGAGCUGCCAGUGCUCUCCGUUGCUGCUCAGCAGAUCUACAUCGUCCUGCAGUGUAAGAAGAACAAGAAGAAGCAGUUUGUCUUCACUGAUGGAGACAAGGUCAACAUGGACCCUGAGUUUGGCAUCUUCCUCACCAUGAACCCCGGUUAUGCCGGUCGUCAAGAGCUGCCAGAGAACCUCAAGAUCCAGUUCCGUACGGUUGCCAUGAUGGUUCCAGACCGAGCCAUCAUCAUGAGGGUAAAACUGGCCAGUGCUGGAUUUCGAGACAACCAGGUCCUUAGUCGGAAGUUCUACACCCUCUACAAGCUGUGUGAGGAGCAGCUGUCCAAACAGGUCCAUUAUGAUUUCGGCCUGAGGAACAUUUUGUCAGUUUUGAGGACGCUGGGCUCCGUCAAGAGAUCCAAGCCAUCUGAACCAGAGAAGACUGUGGUCAUGAGGGUCCUGAGAGAUAUGAACCUCUCCAAACUGGUGGACGAGGAUGAGCCUCUCUUCACAAGUCUGAUCAACGAUCUCUUCCCUGGCAUCGUUCUGGAUAAAGCUGGCUACCCUGACCUGGAGUCAUCCAUCCAGAAACAGUCUCAGCUUGACGGUCUUAUCCCCCAUCCUCCUUGGAUCCUCAAGCUAGUCCAGCUCUACGAGACACAACGUGUCCGACAUGGAAUGAUGACAUUGGGUCCGAGUGGCUCCGGGAAGACAACCUGCAUCCACACACUGAUGAAAGCCAUGUCGGACUGCGGCGCACCACACCGAGAGAUGAGGAUGAACCCCAAAGCCAUCACAGCCUCGCAGAUGUUUGGCACGCUGGACGUCACCACCAAUGACUGGACUGAUGGCAUCUUUUCCACUUUGUGGCGCAAAACUCUGAAGGCCAAAAAGGGAGAACACAUCUGGAUCGUGCUGGAUGGACCAGUGGACGCCAUCUGGAUCGAGAACCUCAACUCUGUUCUUGAUGACAACAAAACUCUAACCCUGGCUAAUGGAGAUCGAAUCCCCAUGGCACCCUGCUGCAAGAUUGUCUUUGAGCCACACAACAUUGACAACGCCUCGCCGGCUACGGUGUCCCGCAACGGGAUGGUGUUCAUGAGCUCGUCGGUGCUGAGCUGGAGACCAAUCUUGCAGGCUUGGUUGCAGAAGGUACCAGAAGAGCAAGCCGAUGCCCUCAAAGUCUGCUUUGACACCUGCUACCAGGAGUUAUUGGAUUUCGUGUCCACUGCUGUGAGUCCAAAGAUGGCAGUGCUUGAGUGUAUGUACAUCAGGCAGACCAUCGACCUUCUUCAGGGUCUUCUCCCCGCUGUAGAGGAGAAACAGAGUUGUCGUGGCAAUGUGGGUCGACUGUUUGUGUUUGCUGUCAUGUGGUCUCUGGGAGCGCUGCUGGAGCUGGACGACAGGGACAAGAUAGAGGACUUCAUGAAGAUGAAGAACCACAGCUGGUGUCUGGACCUGCCGUACACCCAGGAUGAGCAGACCAUCUUUGAGUUCACCGUGGUUGAGCAGGGUCAGUGGGAGCACUGGUCCAUCAAGGUCCCAGAGUACAUCUACCCCAAAGACCAUGUUCCAAACUAUUCGUCCAUUCUGGUUCCAAACGUAGACAAUGUGAGGACGGAAUUCCUGAUGCAAACAAUCAUGAAGCAGCAGAAAGCAGUCCUGCUGAUCGGAGAGCAAGGCACAGCCAAGACAGUCAUGAUUAAAGGAUACACCAGCAAGCUGGACCAAGAGAUCCACCUCACCAAGACACUGAACUUCUCAUCUGCCACGUCUCCCAACAUGUUCCAGAGGACCAUCGAGAGCUACAUCGAUAAGCGAAUGGGUGCCACCUACGGGCCACCUGCUGGGCGCCGGAUGACUGUCUUCAUUGACGACAUUAACAUGCCCAUCAUCAACGAGUGGGGAGACCAGAUAACCAAUGAGAUUGUGCGUCAGCUGAUGGAGCAGGGAGGUUUCUACAGUUUGGACCGCCCAGGAGAGUUCCUUUCCGUUGUUGAUGUUCAGCUGGUGGCGGCUAUGAUCCACCCCGGUGGCGGCCGUAAUGACAUCCCGCAGCGCUUGAAGCGUCACUUCUCCAUCGUUAACUGCACACUACCCUCCAACUCGUCCAUCGACAAGGUGUUCGGGACGAUGGCUCAGGGCUACUUCUGUCUGGAGAGGCAAUUCCCUGCCCCCGUGUGCGACCUUGCUGCUGCCCUCGUGCCCACCAGCAGACGGGUGUGGCAGGCAGUGAAGGCCAAGAUGUUGCCGUCUCCUGCCAAAUUCCACUACAUCUUUAAUCUGCGCGACCUUAGCAGAAUCUGGCAGGGCAUCCUCGCCAUGACGUCGGAUGUUUGUAACAGCAAGGAGCUCCUCGUCGCGCUUUUUCAUCACGAAUGUAGCCGGGUGCUCGCCGACCGUUUCACUGACUACAGCGACACGCAAGCCUUCAGCGACCUCCUGGCAAAGAUUACAGCAGAGGAUCAUGGAAAAGCUCUAACUGAGCACGCGCAGUGGGACAGCAGCUUUGUGGACUUCCUGCGAGAUGCUCCCGAGGCAACAGGAGACGAGCCGGAGGAUUCCGUCCUGGAAGCUUCAAAGGUGUAUGAGCCAAUCUCAUCACUGGAUGCUCUGGCGGAGCGCCUAUGCAUGUUUCAGCAGCAAUUCAAUGAGGCCACGAGGGGCGGAGCCAUGGACCUGGUCUUCUUCAAGGACGCGAUGAUCCACCUCAUGCGCAUCUCUCGGAUCCUGCGGACACCACAGGGAAACGCCCUUCUGGUGGGUGUCGGUGGUUCAGGCAAGCAAAGCCUCACUCGGCUGGCGUCGUUCAUUGCAGGCUACCAAACCUUCCGGAUCAUGCUGACGAGGUCAUAUGGCAGCACCAACUUGCUGGAGGAUCUGAAGGUUCUCUACCGGCUUGCAGGCCAGCAGGGAAAAGGAGUCACUUUCCUCUUCACCGACAAUGACAUCAAGGACGAAGCCUUCCUGGAGUACAUGAACAACGUCUUAUCCAGUGGCGAAGUGUCCAACUUGUUUGCUCGAGACGAGCUGGAUGAUAUCAUUCAGGGACUUGUUCCCGUCAUGAAGCAACAGCAGCCUCGUCGACCUCCGACCCCAGAGAACCUCUACGAAUUCUUCCUGUCUCGUGUGCGUAGCAACCUGCAUGUUGUGCUCUGCUUUUCUCCUGUGGGGGAAAAGUUUCGGACGAGAGCCUUGAAGUUCCCAGGCCUGAUAUCGGGCUGCACCGUGGACUGGUUCCAGCGCUGGCCUCGGGACGCCCUAGUGGCUGUAUCGCAUCACUUCCUGUCACAGUACCAGGACCUGCGCUGCUCUGAAGAAGUGAAGCAUAGUGUGGUGGUUACCAUGGCCACCUUUCAGGAUUCGGUGGCUGAGAAAUGUGCUGAAUACUUUGAGCGUUACCGCCGUCAGACGUUUGUAACACCCAAAUCCUAUUUGUCCUUCAUUAACGGAUACAAGGUGGUCUACGCUGAGAAGAUGGCGCAUGUCGGCACUCUGGCUGAGCGCAUGAAGACAGGUCUGAGCAAGCUGAUGGAGGCGGAGCAGUCAGUGUCUCAGCUCUCUGAGCAGCUGCAGCUGAAGGAGCAGGAGCUCGCUGUCACCUCCCAGAAGGCAGAUGAGGUCCUGCAGGAUGUCACUGCCAAAGCUCAGGCUGCUGAGAAGGUCAAGCAGCAAGUGCAGAAGGUAAAGGACAAGGCUCAGCUUAUCGUCGAUGAGAUUGAAGCUGAUAAAAGUGCAGCGGAGUACAAACUGGAAACUGCUAAACCGGCGCUGGAGGCAGCUGAGGCGGCACUGCAGACCAUCAAACCGGCAGACAUUGCCACAGUGAGGAAACUUCAGAAACCGCCUCAUCUCAUCAUGAGGAUCAUGGACGCUGUGCUGCUGCUAUUCCAGCGGAAGGUGGACACGGUCGUUUCUGACUCUGAGCGCCCUUGCCCUCGUCCUUCCUGGACCGAGGCCAUGAAGCUGAUGCAGAACUCCGCCUUCCUCAGUAUGCUGCUCAACUUCAGAAAGGACUCCAUCACAGAGGAAGUGGUGGAGCUGCUGGCGCCUUACCUGGAAAUGGACGACUACAACCUGGAGUCGGCAAAGAGGAUCUGCGGCAACGUGGCUGGACUAUGCUCAUGGACGCAGGCCAUGAUGGACUUCUUCUCCAUCAACAAGGAGGUCCUUCCUCUUAAGGCUAACCUGGCGCGACAGGAAGCUCGCCUGCUGGUGGCUCAGGCUGAGUUGGCUCAAGCUCAGGAGCGGCUGGAUGCUAAACAGCAGCAGCUGGGUGCUGUACAGGCACUCUAUGAUGCCGCCAUGAUGGAGAAGCAGAAUCUGGAGGACGAUGCAUCUGCGUGCCGUCGUAAGAUGGCCAACGCAACGGCGCUCAUUGACGGCCUUGGAGGAGAAAAGGUACGCUGGACUGCCAGCAGCGCCGGCUUUCAGACGCAGCUCACACGGCAGGUCGGGGACGUCCUGUUGGCCUCUGGCUUCCUGUCCUACGCAGGACCCUUCAACCAGGAGUACCGUAGCCUGCUGCUCGAGCUGUGGAAGAAGGAACUGGAGGACAAGCUUAUCCCCUUCAGCCCAGAUGUGAAUGUGAUUGGUCUCCUGGUGGACAACGCCACAGUGAGCGAGUGGAACUUACAAGGUCUCCCCAGCGAUGACCUGUCCAUCCAGAAUGGCAUUGUGGUGACCAAGGCGGCCCGCUAUCCGCUGCUGAUUGACCCCCAAGGUCAAGGGAAGGCGUGGAUUCAGAACAAAGAGAAAGAGCAGAACCUGCAGGUGACGUCUUUAAACCACAAAUACUUCCGCUCUCACUUGGAGGACACUUUGUCUCUAGGGCGCCCCCUACUGCUGGAGGACGUUGGUGAGGAGCUGGACCCUGUCCUGGACAACAUCCUAGACAAAAACUAUAUCAAGUCUGGAUCCACUUAUAAGGUGAAGCUUGGUGACAAAGAGGUGGACGUGAUGAAGGGCUUCACCCUCUACAUCACCACAAAACUGGCCAACCCUGCAUACAGUCCAGAGGUCAGUGCCAGGACGUCUGUGGUGGACUUCACGGUCACACAGAGAGGUCUGGAGGAUCAACUGCUGGGACGCGUCAUUCUUCUGGAAAAACAAGAGCUGGAGGCGGAGCGUGUGCAGCUCCUAGAAGAGGUGACGUCCAACAAGAGGAAGAUGCAAGAUCUGGAGGACAGUUUGCUCUUCAGGCUGACCAGCACUCAGGGAUCUCUGGUGGAGGACGAGUCUCUGAUUGAGGUGCUGAGGGUCACCAAAACCACAGCUCAGGAGGUGAGUGAGAAGCUGUCCAUUGCUGCGGAGACAGAAGUCAAGAUCAACUAUGCCAGGGAGGAGUAUCGGCCCGUGGCCACCAGGGGGAGCAUCCUGUACUUCCUGAUUGGGGAGAUGUCCCUGGUCAACAUCAUGUACCAGACAUCUUUGCGUCAGUUCCUGGGGCUCUUUGACUCAUCCAUGCAGCUCUCUGUCAAGUCACAGGUCACCUCCAAGCGCAUCAACAACAUCAUCACUUUCCUUACCUUCCAGGUGUACUGUUACAUAGCUCGAGGGCUCUAUGAGGAACACAAGCUGCUCUUCACCUUGUUGUUGGCACUGAAGAUUGACCUGCAGGCCAAGAAAAUCAUGCACUCUGAUGUUCUGACCUUCAUCAAAGGGGGUGCCUCUCUGGACCUCAACUCUGUGGAACCAAAAGCACGCCGCUGGAUCCUAGAUCAGACCUGGCUUAACCUUGUCCAGCUGUCCAGCCUCUCUGUCUUCUCUAAGAUCCUGACCCAGGUGAGCCAGAACGAGAGGGCCUGGAAGACAUGGUUUGACAACCCGGCCCCAGAAGACGCCAUGUUGCCUGAUGGCUACGAGCAUAUAAUCGACACCUUCCAGAAGCUUCUUCUUAUCCGCAGCUGGUGUCCGGACCGAACCAUUGCUCAGGCACGGCGCUACAUCGCCCAGUCUAUGGGUCAGCAGUACACCGAAGGCUUGGUUCUGGAUCUGGACGCCAUGUUGACAGAGAGCGACAACAGGACACCCAUGGUUUGUCUUCUUUCGAUGGGUUCUGACCCAACAGAGAACAUUGAGAGACUGGCCAAGCAGAAGGGGGUGCCGUGCCGCCCCAUCUCCAUGGGGCAGGGCCAAGAGGUCCAUGCUCGCAGGCUAUUGGCCAACAGCAUGACGGACGGCGGUUGGCUUCUCCUCCAGAACUGCCAUCUUGGACUGGACUUUCUGGACGAGCUGCUGGAGACAGUCACCAUGGCAACAGCAGAGAAUGUCCACAGGGACUUUAGGGUGUGGCUGACGACCGACGUACACCCCAGGUUCCCCAUCAGUUUACUUCAGUCAUCCAUCAAGUUCACCAAUGAGCCUCCUCUCGGAAUGAAAGCAGGUCUGAAGAGGACCUUCUGUGGCGUCACUCAAGACCAGUUAGAGCUCAACAGCCUGCCUCAGUGGCGCCCCCUGCUGUAUGCCGUCGCCUUCCUGCACACCACAGUGCAGGAGCGCCGAAAGUUUGGUCCUCUGGGCUGGAACAUUCCCUACGAGUUCAAUCAAGCCGACUUCACAUCCAGCGUGCAGUUUGUCCAGAACCACCUGGACGAGCUGAAUGCCAAGAGGGACGUCAACUGGAGCUGCCUGCGCUACAUGCUGGGUGAGGUCCAGUAUGGAGGCCGCGUGACAGACGACCUGGACAAACGUCUACUGAACACCUUCACUCAGGUCUGGUUUGGCGAGAACACCUUUGACGACAAGUUCUGCUUCUAUCGAGGCUACAGCAUCCCCGCCAAGGCCAAGACGGUGCAGGAGGUUUUGCAGCACAUCGAGGCCCUCCCCUUGGUCGACUCACCUGAGGUGUUUGGACUCCACCCCAAUGCUGACAUCAGUUACCAGAACAAGUUGGCCAAUGAGACGCUCAGCACCAUCAUCAACAUCCAGCCCAAAGACACAGGGGGCGGGGCUGGGGAGACGAGGGAGGCCAGCGUAUCGAGAUUAGCCAAUGAGAUGCUGGACAAACUGCCGCCUGACUACGUGUCACAUGAGGUCAAAAGUCAGCUUCAGAAGAUGGGUCCUCUCCAGCCAAUGAACAUCUUCCUCCGACAGGAAGUAGACCGCAUGCAACGAGUCAUCAGCAGCGUACGGAGCACGCUCACUGACCUCAAGCUGGCCAUUGACGGCACCAUCAUUAUGUCUGAGGAUCUACGUGACGCUUUGGACUGCAUGUUCAACGCUCGCAUUCCAAGCGCGUGGCAGCGGCUCAGCUGGGCGUCAGCCUCCCUGGGUUUCUGGUUCAGCGAGCUUCUGGAAAGGAACCAGCAGCUCUCCAGCUGGAUUGGCGCCGGGCGGCCCCACCAAUUCUGGCUCACAGGCUUCUUCAACCCGCAGGGCUUCAUGACCGCCAUGCGCCAGGAGACGACGCGCUCCAACUUGUCCAGGGGCUGGGCCUUGGAUACGGUCGCCCUUAGCAACGAUGUCACCAAGCUGAUGAGAGAGGAUGUGUCAGCUCCUCCCCCUGAGGAUGUGGGUGGAGUCUACAUCUAUGGCCUCUUCUUAGAAGGGGCUGGAUGGGACCGACGCGACGCCAAACUCACUGAAGCCCAGCCCAAAGUCCUCUUUACUCCGCUCCCCGUGGUCCACGUGUACGCCGUAAACUCAGCCAGUGUGGCGGACAGCAGGCGUCAGCCCGGCGGCGGGGUCUGCUUUUAUUCGUGUCCGCUCUACAAGAAGCCUCGACGCACCGACCUCAACUUCAUCUUCUCAUUGCAGCUGAGGAGCGUGCAGCCGCCCGAGCAUUGGACGUUGCGCGGCGCUGCCCUGCUCUGCGACUGCAAAUGACCCCACCUAUUGACAGAGCAUGUACGCCGGUCGAAGGAGAGGAAGUAACUUUUUGUAAUGAUCAUUUAGUUGUGUGCAUGGUCUUGUAACACCAUUUGAGAGGCCACAGUGAGUCAGUGUAGCUGCUGCCCCCUGCUGGUGUGCAUCGUGUCAAACGUCAUUGAGCAACAUGAAAAUAGAAUUAGAGCAUCAGUGGACGAAUUUAGAUUUCAAAUCUAUUCAAGUAGGUACAAAAUGGGCAAAUAGUGACAUUUUGAUGUCCCAGAGCUUCCAUUAAGUGUUGUUUUUCUGAAUCAAAAUGUUUAAAUCAGCAUACUUCAUAACAAGUCAGUGAAUUUGUAGAUGAUGAUCAACUUUUAUUUUGUUAAAUACAUUAAAAAACAGUUGACUCAUCAAAGAACAAUUAGUCGAACUCACACGUGAUAAAUGAAAAUUAAGUCAGUCACAUCAUUGUCAUUUCACUCAUUUCAGUUGAUUAAUAAAUUGCUUUUAUUAUUAAGCAGCCUUUAGCUCCAUGCUAAUGCUAACAGAGCGCAUCCAGGAAAUUGUGAUCACACAUCAACAAAAAGCCUGAUUGUUGCUUGCAGGUCCGAUUUAUUCAUCCUCACUUUCAUUUUCAUCUCGGUACACAAACGGACCGCCCCCGUGUUGUUCUCCUACAGCAGGUCCGAGCCAACGACAUGCACAGCCAGCGGUGGCGUAAAAACAAUAGUGUUCUUGUCAAAGUCAACACAGAUGCUGAUUCGAUCAAGACUGUCCUGAAUCUCUCACCGGAUCAUUUUGGAUCGCAAACGGUCUGCCGGCCGCUCGCAUCUUUCACUCGAACGGGUCCUUUGUCUCCCUUGUGCUCCUCCUUCCUCGCUCUUUGCCUCGUUGGCUACGACAGCUGCUUCAUGUCGUACACAGGAACCUCUGACUCCUCUGCCCCGCCUUCCGCCUUGGCGGUGUCGGGGGUGCUCCGACGGCCCUUGGGGGGCGGGACAGGCGCAGCUCCCUCGGCGCCCUCAGCCCCUUCCUGGCCCUCUGCCACAGUCCUCUCCUUUUUCAGGUUGAGCUUGGCCGGGACACUCUUGGCGAUGGUCUGCUUCAGCCUCUCGCCCGACUGGCGGAUCUUCUCACGUCUUUCGGCCGUCACAAUGCGCUCGCCCAGCUUGUUGACUUUGGUACCGAGGUUCUCACGAGUCUUGCUCAUGUUCUCCUUGGAGAAGGUGGCCUUGAAGCUCUCGAUGCGAGUCAGGCCCGUCUUCUUCAUGCGCCCGGCCGCUGCCGAGUCCGCCUCCUCCACCACCAUGUACUCCUCGUCCGAAUCGGGUGGGAGCUCAAACUUGUUGGACUCGUCCUCGCCGUCAGCACCUUGUUCGGCUGGCUCAUUGCCUGGUGUGAUGGCCCUCACUUCCUGGUCACCCUGAGAAACAAAAAAGUCAGAAGUUGUGACCCAACUCUUGAAAGGGCCUUGCUAACCUGGCGAGCAUGUUAGCACUAGCAUCCACUUUUCUAGAUGUACUUUUGCAAAUGGACACACCCCACACACGCACAAAGUUCAAGUGUGCUAGCAGAACAACAUUAGAACACAAUAAUUUGGACAAAACUUCUGUCUGCAUGUGCGACAGAAAAAGGGCUUGGUGGUGAGGAUGUCAAAGUGGCGUGCACGUCUUGAUCCCGCCUCCCUAAAUAAAGUUCAGCAGCUGUUAGUGAAGCUCAGCGCUGGGCCGCUGGAAGCUAAACAUAUCGACUAGCAGCCACGGCACAGGGCGAUCAUAUUUCAUUGGACCCGAAGUGCAAGUGAAUCCCUCGUUCGUGUGGCGUGAUAGAACUUUGCUCCACUUGCUGGCCUGCUCAGCACCCGAGUGAUGGAACAAAUGCUAAGCUAACCAGAAAUAAGCUCAUAUCACCUAUUUGUGAACUAUUAGCACUUCCUGGUAGCAUUCUAGCAUGAUCCAAACAACUUUUAAGAUUGAAAUGACGUAGCAGGGUCAAAGGUCAUUAUGUUGUGCCCCCUCUCCUCUGGACCUGACCAGAGAGAGGCCGGCCACUAAAUUAGGAACGCUAGUCAACUGAGAAUAACCAGUUCUGUCUGGAAUCAGCUGGUUCUGUCACUUAAUUAGGAACACAGGUCUUAUUUUUACUCUUACUUAAUUAUACAAUAAUAACUACGUUUUAUAUAGCAAAAUUAAGGAGAGGCAAAACAUUGGUAGCCAA